AGUGUGUAUGUUGUGCACGUCAAAAAAUUAUCAGUUUAUGCUUACACAUCAAAUGGCGGUCGCGUAAAUAAAUAACAAUUUUAGAAAAUUUAAUUGUAAAUUACUUUGCAAAAUGACGGAAAAGAUCACAUUGGCUGAUGCGCUAUCCAAUGUGGAAGUACUCGACGAGCUGUCGCUGCCCGAUGAGCAGCCCUGUAUUGAGGCGCAACCGUGUUCGAUUAUCUAUAAAGCCAAUUUUGACACGAACUUUGAAGAUCGCAAUGGAUUUGUAACGGGUAUAGCGAAAUAUAUUGAAGAAGCCACCACGCAUGCUAAUCUGAACGUUCUCCUUGAGGAGGGACAGAAACAUGCUGUUAUGCUUUAUACUUGGCGCUGCUGCUCGCGUGCUAUACCUCAACCGAAAUCCAAUGAGCAACCCAAUCGUGUGGAAAUUUAUGAAAAGACGGUCGAGGUACUGGCACCGGAAGUAAACAAAUUACUUAAUUUCAUGUACUUCCAACGUAAAGCUAUUGAAGCAUUUUCAGGCGAGGUGAAACGUCUGUGUCAUACAGAAAAGCGUAAGGAUUUCGUAUCAGAAGCUUAUCUCUUAACAUUGGGUAAAUUUAUCAACAUGUUUGCUGUCUUGGACGAAUUGAAAAAUAUGAAAUCGAGUGUGAAAAAUGACUACAGUACAUAUCGACGUGCGGCACAAUUUCUCAAAGUGAUGUCCGAUUCACACACGCUGCAGGAGUCACAAAAUUUGUCCAUGUUUCUUGCCACGCAAAACAAAAUACGAGAUACCGUUAAAGACACACUCGAAAAAAUUAUUGGCUACGAAGAUCUACUCUCGGAUGUCGUUAACAUUUGUGUGCACAUGUUUGAAACCAAAAUGUAUUUGACGCCCGAAGAAAAACACAUGCUCGUAAAAGUAAUGGGCUUCGGACUCUUUCUCAUGGAUAGCGAUGGUUGCAAUAUAAAUAAAUUGGAUCAAAAGAAAAAAAUACGCUUGGAUCGCAUAGAUCGAAUUUUCAAAAAUCUGGAAGUUGUACCAUUAUUUGGUGAUAUGCAAAUUGCACCCUUUAAUUACAUCAAACGUAGCAAACAUUACGAUUCGAGCAAAUGGCCCUUGUCCAGUUCGAAUGCAAUUAGUCCACAAGCCGAUUUGAUGGUGCACUUGCCGCAAAUACGUGAAGAUCACGUUAAAUACAUCUCCGAAUUGGCACGCUACACGAACGAAGUCACUACGACAGUGAAAGAAAAUCCCACAGAUGCCGAAAAUCGUGCCACAUCCGAUUUAGCGCUGCGUGGACUGCAAUUGCUCUCCGAGUGGACCAGUGUUGUAACGGAAUUGUACUCUUGGAAGCUGUUGCAUCCAACAGAUCAUCAUCAGAAUAAAGAAUGCCCCGUAGAGGCUGAGGAAUACGAACGUGCAACACGCUAUAAUUAUACUUCGGAAGAGAAAUUUGCGCUCAUCGAAGUAAUCGCAAUGAUCAAGGGCUUGCAGGUUCUGAUGGCACGCAUCGAGACGGUGCUAUGUGAGGCGAUACGUCGCAAUAUAUACGCGGAAUUGCAGGACUUUGUUCAGCUCACUCUGCGUGAACCACUGCGUAAGUCGGUGAAGAACAAGAAGGAUUUGAUACGCAGUAUUAUAAUGUCAGUGCGUGAGACCGCUGCCGAUUGGCAGAAAGGCCAUGAGCCCUCGGACGACCCGGCUGCGAAGGGUAAGAAGGAUCCGGAUGGCGGUUUUCGCGUGCAAGUGCCACGCUUGAAUGUCGGUCCAUCAUCGACGCAGUUGUACAUGGUGCGUACUAUGCUGGAGUCGCUAAUCGCCGAUAAAAGCGGUGGCAAACGUACGUUGCGUAAAGAUAUUGACGGCAAUUGUCUCAUGCAAAUCGAUACGUUUCACAAAACAUCAUUCUAUUGGAGCUAUCUGCUUAACUUCAGUGACACGCUACAAAAAUGCUGCGAUCUUUCACAAUUGUGGUAUCGUGAGUUCUACUUGGAAAUGACCAUGGGUCGUAAAGUGAACAAGUGCAUGGUGAAGCAUCAACACAAUGAGGAAUGCAAAGAUCUAAUCACUAUGGAGAAGCGUAUACAAUUCCCGAUUGAGAUGUCUAUGCCAUGGAUAUUAACCGAUCACAUACUGCAAACGAAGGAGCCAUCGAUGAUGGAAUUCGUUCUAUAUCCAUUGGAUUUGUACAACGAUUCGGCACAUUAUGCCUUAACCGUGUUUCGCAAGCAAUUUCUGUAUGACGAAGUAGAGGCCGAGGUUAAUUUGUGCUUUGAUCAAUUCGUUUAUAAGUUGAGCGAACAGAUUUUCGCACACUACAAGCAAUUAGCGGGCAGUAUCUUUCUGGACAAACGUUUUCGUUUGGAGUGCGAGGUGCUCGGUUUCAAUUUCCAUUCGUAUCCACGUAAUAACCGCUAUGAAACGCUGCUGAAGCAACGGCAUGUGCAAUUAUUAGGUGACUUCGUGCGCAGCAAAGUCAACUUGGCCUCCUCACAACCCAUACAACGCGAGAAACCGCCGCAAAUGGCACACUUCUACCUGUGGGGCUCGAAGCAGUUGAAUGCCGCUUAUUCGACUCAAUAUGGCCAAUACACCGGCUUCAUCGGUGCGCCACAUUUUCACGCCAUGUGUCGACUACUCGGCUAUCAGGGCAUCGCCGUCGUUAUUGACAUCAUACUAAAAGAUAUUGUGAAGCUGCAAAUACAGGGCACGCUGCUGCAAUUCACCAAAACCCUAAUGGGCGCUAUGCCGAAGUCGUGCAAAUUGCCGCGCUGCGAAUAUGGUUCGCCGGGCGUGCUCAGCUACUACCAGGCGCAUCUGACCGAUAUCGUGCAGUAUCCCGAAACUAAAACCGAUCUUUUCCAGUCCUUCCGCGAGCUGGGCAAUUGCAUUAUAUUCUGCUUGCUCAUCGAGCAGGCGCUCUCGCAAGAAGAAGUGUGUGAUCUGCUGCAUGCGGCGCUCUUCCAGAAUAUAUUCCCGCGUCCGUUCUGCAAAGAAAAUGAAAAGCCCGAGGCCAAGCAGAAGCGUUUCGAGGCGCAAUUCGCAAACCUGCAGAUCGUGUCGAAUGUGGAGAAAAUUGGCAAUGCAAAACAAGCGAUGAUCGCGCGUGAAGGCGAUUUACUAACACGCGAGCGUCUCUGCUGUGGCCUGAGCAUUUUCGAGGUAAUACUCAAUCGCAUCAAAAGCUAUUUGGACGAUCCCGUUUGGAGCGGGCCACCGCCGGCUAACGGCAUCAUACACGUUGAUGAAUGCUCGGAAUUCCAUCGUUUAUGGUCGGCAUUGCAAUUUGUCUAUUGCAUACCGGUACGCGGCACUGAGUACACCAUCGAAGAGCUCUUCGGCGAGGGCUUGAAUUGGGCCGGCUGCGCCAUGAUCGUACUGCUGGGUCAACAGCGACGUUUUGAGGCUUUAGAUUUUUGCUAUCACAUUCUGCGCGUWCAACGCGUCGACGGCAAGGACGAAGACGUCAAGGGCAUUAAACUGAAACGCAUGGUCGAUCGCAUUCGCCGCUUCCAAGUAUUAAACUCACAAAUCUUUGCUAUACUCAAUAAAUAUCUGAAGGGUGGCGACGGCGAGGGCUCGAACGUUGAGCACGUGCGCUGUUUUCCGCCGCCACAGCAUCCGACAAUGAUUUCGUCGCACUACCAAGAUCCGAACAAGCUGCGUCAGAGCAUGACGAACAAUUGAGCUAAUACACCACUCUAAUUAUUAACCUCUAUCUAUAACUAUUAUUAAUUAUUAACAUAUUAUUAUUAAUAUUAUAAACUAUUGUAACGGUAUGCUAGGUACACAUACAUAUAAGCAUAAACUUUAAUGAAUUUAUAAAAUAUUUCGUAUGUAUUAGUUAAGCAGUAGGCAUUUCGUUCAAUUUAAAACACACACACGUACACACAAAAUUCAGUAUAAUAUACAAUAUGAAAGAAACGAAUACUUGGAAUACACAAACAAUGAACAAUUCUCUCAAAUUCAAACAAAAUAUUUAUUUAUACAAACAGUACUCUAGUAUUAAAGCAUUUAAAUUUGCAAUUUGUCAUAAAAAUACAACAAAUUUACAUGCAAUUGAUUGGCUAUUGUAUGCUAGGCGAAGUGGUGGGGCGUGAGUUGAUUAGUAGGCCAAAGAUUACGCAACAAAAACAAAAAACGGGCAAACAAAAAGAAAAUGUAUUUGGCUUUAAAUAGCAAACCAUGUUUACAACAAUAAUAACAAUUACAAUAAUAACCAUUUAUUUACACACACAUUAUUAUGUAGUACCGUUAUGCCGCAAAAAGAAAAAAUUACAAAAAAGUUCAAAUUGUUUCAACCGCAGUCUGAGAGCAAAAUGAUGAACAUAAUGUUAAGCAGAGCAAGUACGCGUGCGCAUAACAACUGCAUUUACGUCAAAUUAAUAAAUGACACUGAGUAAGCAAAUUAUUAUUCGAAAUAUUUAAAAACUGCUGAUAAAUAAACGUUUUACACAUUUUCUAACAAAA